AUGUUUAUGGAGAAAGCAACUGCCGAGAAGAAGAAAGCAAUUGCCAAGGAGGAGAAAGUAAUCGCUAAGGAGGAGAAACAAAUUGCCAAGAAGGAAAAAAUAAUUGUCAAGCUUAAAGCAUUUAAGAGAGGAAAACAAUUAGAGCUAAAGAAAUCAAAGAUCUAUGACAUUGGAAAGGAUUUUCAGUUGAAUUGGUCAUCCAAAAAUGGUGGGUCUCUAUGUAUAUUCCAUAAGUCUCAACCUUCAAUAUCUAUGUGGUCAACAGUCCCAGGGCGAUCCUUUGUUUCUGCAGCAGAGAGUGGAGGAUCAUUUGUUAUCAAAGACAGAGAUAUCCACUUGAUAUGCAAUCAUCAAACUAUUGAUAAUAUCAGGACCAUUGAUCCCUCUUAUAUCGUUUUACAUGCAACUAAUCAAGAUUUUACCUCUUUUAGCAUUGUAAUGGAUCAAGAAAGUCAACAAAAAGGAAUACAGUUACCUGCUCUUCUGAUUACUGGGAAGAUCUUCUGUGUGAAGAAAAGGAAACACAGUAUACAAAAUUCUGAAUUAAUAGAAAAGCAGCCGUCCACUUAUGCUAGGUACUGGAUGCUGUUUGAUCAGAAAAACAACAAUCAAAUUGGAUUCCAAUUGAGACUAGCAAAACCAAAAGUGGAAUAUCGGCAAAAGCUUUCUCCAAGGACUUAUAGUUACAGAGCCUCUGCUUCAAAAUUUGGUUGA